UUGACCGUAAUAGACGUGAAACUGAGUUUUUGUAUCAUUACUCAGUGUUUCCGUUAGUGUCGUGUUACUGCUAUUAAUAUUAUAGUUUUGUAAUCCAUAAAUCAGCUGCACUUUUCUGUUUUCAAAAAAUGUGAAACUUUGAAAAUGGCAUUAGCCACAUGGGGAUUUGGAGCAGCAGCUGCAAUUGCAGGAGUUGCUGUAUUUUGUAACCUUCCUGCACAUUGGUUACUUCCAGCAGAAAAAGUAACUUACCAGUUUCUUGCUAAUGCUCAUUUGAAGAGACAAGAUGAACCAGGAGAAGAAUUUAAGGCUUCACAACUUUGGGCAAAUAAUGGUGCUGUUAUAAUGGCUGUUCGACGACCAGGAUGAUCUUUGUGCAGGGAGGAAGCUUCUAUGCUCUCCUCCCUGAAACCUGAACUGGAUAACCUUGGUUUGUCUCUCUAUGCUGUUGUUCAUGAGAAUUUGGGUGUCAAGGAGUUCCAACCAUUUUUUAAGGGUGAAAUAUUUUUAGAUGUUGAAAGGAGGUUUUAUGGACCUAAAGAAAGAAGAACCUUGAUCAUGGGAUUGUUGAGAAUUGGAGUGUGGUACAACUUGUAUAGGGCUUACCAAAAAGGCUUCUCAGGUAACUUGGAGGGAGAUGGGACAUUGUUGGGAGGUGUUUUUGUGCUUGGUCCAGGAAACACUGGGAUUCUUUAUGAACACAAGGAAAUGGAGUUUGGUGAUAUCGCUAACAUGACUGAAGUUAUUGAAGCUGCUAAGAGAAUCAAACCAAGCUACCAGUAAACAGGAUAUCUUUUUUUUUUCUAUGAAAUUACAUUCAACUAAAAAAUUAGUAACUUUUAGAAUAUUAUUAAGUUUGAUGUAAAUGUUAUAUUAUCAAUGUUUAGCAAUAUUUCAUUUUCCAAAAUAGCUAAGGUUGGGAUUGAUUUAGUUUGAAACCUAAAAAAAAAAUUUUUUGAACAAUGAGAGCUACACAUUGAUUUCAUUGAUGAUUGUGUGUGUCAAAAUAUAUUUUUAAUUAAUUAGACAACCCUUGAAAUUUCUUAUAGUAAUGCUUCAACUAUCCUUCUGUAGCCAUCAUCAGGCUUAAUAUAAACUCUUACACUUUUAAAUAUAACUAUAUGAAUCACGAAUCAUGUCUGUUUACAUAGCAGUAUGAUCUCAACAGUGUCAAAGAAAAUGUGUUGCUCUAUUGUUAUGAUAAAAAUACAGUAGUUUCAAGGAACCAGCAUAAGAAAGCUUAAAUUCAUGUGAUUGAUAUUUGCACUAAAUUAAAACAAAAAUUACACAAAAAUUAAAGAGAAGUAAUUAUCGCUGUGUGUUGUUAAAAAUUAAAAAUAGCUAAAAUGGGAUACAAAAAAUACAUUAUAUUUUUUUCUAUACCAUUUUAGCCAUUUUUCAUUUGUAAAGCAUGUGAAAUACUUCCAACAUUUACAGUCUUUUGUGUUUAUCAUUCCUUCAGUGGUUUAAUUUUGUAUCACUGAACUCAUAUUAACUUUUAAAGCAAUCAAGAUGUUCUUAAUUUUUUCUACUAAUUCAAUGUAAAUAUACUGUUUCACCACUGCAAAAUUUGGAGUAUAGUUUAUUGUAGUAAACGCAAAUAUAGUCGUCAUCUUUCUGAGACACAGCACUGGUAUCUGAGUCUUCUAUGCCUGGAUCAUUGUCAUAUGUCCAAUAAUGUGCCACUUUUUUAUUUUUUGCAGGUGAAGCUUUGGUUACUGUUUUCUUUGCUUUUUGGAUUUUCCUUUGCUUGUUUAUCUUGUUUUAUAUGAAAUUCACUUGCAAUUCACAUUUAUAUGGACUGCUGGUUAGAAUCAGUCUUUUUCUUUCUUUAUCCUACCUUUUAUUUUUGAACAAGAAGUUUGUUUUAGAUAGAGCACAAUGUUAAGAAGUAUUAUAUCCAUUUAUAGAAUAUAUUAGGUUUUGUUUGUCCCACACUGAUUGAGCUAGUGGUAGCAUGUGCUGCAAUAAGAUGAGUAUUGUGUUAUUUCUUCCUGUAGAAUUUACUAAGUAACUGAAGAGACAUUGCUAAACCUUUAGCUACAUGUAACAAUUUUUUAUACAUUCAAUUCUAUUUGUAAAAUGUUUGAAUGAGCUAAAACUUCAAGUGAAAUUCUCAUCAUGGAUAAUCAGUUUCUAUUUUUAUAUAUAUAUAUAUCCACAGUAUCUCAAACUUAAUUUGUAUUUCGACUAGAUUAGAUGCACAUCACUUGAAUGACAGAUUGUGUGUUAAAAAGUAUUUGUACUUUCACACUAUCUUGAGUAAUCAGUGACUUGUGUUCCUCUACAAGGAAAGAUACGAAACUACUAUUUAAAUUUUGAUAUAAACCUAUAGAUACAGAUAUGCUCAUUCUAAGAGUUGUACACUAUUUUCUAUUAAUUAAAGAUGAUUGAUAAUACUAAACAA